AUGAGCGACGGUACUGCCCUUCACGAGCUGUCUGCGGGCGAGACAUACCAGAUAGAUAGCGACGAAUACGACUCGGACGAUCAAGGUGAUAACAUCGGCGAGAAGGAUUACGACGAGUUGGUGGCCGAGGCGGAAAAUGGCUUCACGGAUGAGGAAGUCGCAGUCUUGACUGCGGAACUUCGGGAGAAGGGGCUGGUCAACUUUCUCCGGGACUAUCUCGUCCCCGUCUCUGGUCCUGGUCAGACCCUCAGGAAGCUUCUCCUUGGUCUUGGAGUCAUACCACCCGUCCAUCUGCGCUCAUCCACGACGCCAGACAUACAGCUCCUUUCAUUCACCAAGAUCGUUCUCUCGCGGUUGCUUCGCCGGCGAACCAAGCUACCCGCUUACAACAGCGUCGAUGAUGCUGUAUCGCUCCUUCGCCAUGCGAAGAACAUCAUCGUACUGUCUGGCGCCGGUAUCUCUACAUCGUGCGGUAUCCCGGACUUUCGGUCUGCGAACGGGCUGUACGCGCAGAUACAGGAGGACGGGGAAUAUGACUUGAGCGACCCGCAGGAGAUGUUUGACAUUCGCUAUUUCAGGGAACAGCCAGAGGUCUUCUACUCUUUUGCCAAGCAGAUCUACCCAAGCAACUUUGUGCCGUCACCCUGCCACAGGUGGAUCAAGCUACUUGAAGAUCGAGGAAAGCUCCUCCGCAACUACACGCAAAACAUCGACACGCUCGAAACGCUUGCCGGCGUUCAGAAUGUCCUGCAAUGCCACGGAUCGUUCGCUACCGCCUCCUGUCUCCGCUGCAGACGGCGGGUACCAGGCACAGACAUCGAAGGGGAGAUCAUGCGGCAGGAGGUGCCCAAGUGCUCGGUGUGUCGUGCGGAGCGAGAAGCGGCCAGAGCGUACGAGAAGUCGGCAUCGGCGAAAGGAAAGCCAAAAGUGAAGGGCGGUAUGAUUUGGGGAGACGAGGAGGAAGAGGAGAAUGAGUGGGGCGGAGGGGAACCAGGUAUCAUGAAGCCGGAUAUCACCUUCUUUGGCCAGGCUUUAGACUCGAAGUUUGACGAAUGUCUCUUCAAGGACAGAGAAAAGGUCGAUCUGCUAGUCAUCAUCGGUACUUCUCUAAAGGUCGCACCUGUCAGCGAAGUCUGCACUCAUAUACCUCAUUCUAUUCCCCAAAUCUUCAUCAAUCUCACCCCCGUCGCUCAUGUACAGCCAGAUAUCUGCCUGCUCGGAGACGCAGACACCAUCGUCACGUACUUGUCCGAUCGGCUAGGUUGGAGUAUACCGCCGCCACCUUCCGCCUCGGCAAAGAAUCAACUAACAAUGACACCGCCUGGUGAGGUGGAGUUUGCCUCUGGCGUGGGGCCACUGUGA